GCGAAAUCCGGCAAACAGAGGAAAAAAGGCGAAAAAGGUUUCCAUCUUUCUCAUCGCAUUGACGUGUGUCAAAUUUUACAGACGAUUGAAUUCAGCAUUGAAUGCCGCAGGAAAGUUGGACGUUGUUUUUGCAUCGGAAUAAAAAGGUUUGUCUGCUGUAGCAGCAAGAGGAAUGGCACAAUGGAAGGACCAGCUCAAGUUCGACAUCGAGUGGGGCCACGAGCGGCUGGUUCGGGCUCAGCAAACGGUCGAGGUGCGACCAUUCGACGUAGAAUCCUGGUCGGUGUUGAUCCGCGAGGGCCAAAGCCGGAACAUAAACGAAGUCCGCUCGCUGUAUGAAUCACUGGUAAGUGUUUUUCCUACCACUGCCCGAUACUGGAAGAUUUAUAUCGAGCAGGAAAUGAAAUACAGGAACUACGAGCGUGUGGAGAAACUGUUCCAGCGGUGUUUGGUGAAAAUUUUGAACAUUGAUUUGUGGAAACUUUACCUGACCUAUGUGAAGGAAACGAAGGCAGGGCUGAGCACCCACAAGGAAAAACUGGCGCAAGCUUACGAUUUUGCGUUGGAAAAGAUAGGAAUGGAUUUACAUUCCUACUCGAUAUGGCAGGAUUAUAUUUCGUUUCUAAAAAGUGUUGAGGCAAUUGGAAGCUACGCGGAAAAUCAAAAGAUAACUGCCGUUCGAAAGGUUUAUCAACGUGCGGUGAUAACACCAAUCAUCGGAAUCGAACACUUGUGGAAGGAAUACAUUAUGUUUGAGCGGAACAUCAAUCCUAUUAUUUCGGAAAAGAUGAGCUUGGAGCGAUCACGUGACUACAUGAAUGCACGUCGUGUUGCAAAAGAGCUGGAAAUCGUAACGAAAGGUCUGAAUCGCAAUCUGCCGGCAGUUCCACCCAUGGCAACGAAAGAGGAACAAAAACAAGUAGAACUGUGGAAAAAGUACAUCAACUUCGAAAGAUCGAAUCCUCUCCGAAGCGAAGAUACAGCUUUGGUUACGCGCAGAGUAAUGUUUGCCACGGAACAAUGUCUGCUGGUUCUUACCCAUCAUCCAGCGGUUUGGCAUCAAGCUGCCCAAUAUCUGGAUCAAAGUUCGAAACAAUUGAUUGACAAAGGUGAUUUAAAUGCCGCAAAAGUUUUCGCUGAUGAAGCUGCCAACAUUUUGGAAAGGGCUAUUAGCAGUGUGCUAAGUAGAAACGCUUUGCUCUACUUCGCUUACGCCGAUUUCGAAGAAGGGCGACUGAAAUACGAUAAGGUUCAUCAAAUGUACAAUAAAUUUCUGGCGGUUCCGGAUAUAGACCCGACGCUGGCCUAUAUUCAGUAUAUGAAGUUUGCUCGUCGCGCCGAGGGAAUCAUUUCCGCUAGAGCUAUCUUUAAAAAGGCUCGUGAAGACGUUCGGUCAACGUACCAUGUUUUCGUAGCUGCCGCAUUGAUGGAGUACUAUUGUACCAAGGACAAAGACAUUGCAUUCCGCAUUUUCGAACUCGGAUUGAAGCGUUUCGGCGGCAGUCCGGAAUAUGUCAUGUGCUACAUCGAUUAUCUUUCCCAUCUUAACGAGGAUAACAACACUCGAGUACUGUUCGAACGGGUUCUUUCCUCCGGUGGAUUGACUCCGCAGCUGUCGGUCGAAGUAUGGAAUCGUUUCUUGGAAUUUGAAUCAAAUAUCGGGGAUUUAUCAAGUAUUGUUAAAGUAGAACGUAGAAGAAGCGCAGUUCUAGAAAAGCUGAAGGAAUUUGAAGGGAAAGAAACUGCUCAGCUGGUGGAUCGUUACAAAUUCCUUAACCUCUAUCCGUGUUCCACAUCCGAGCUAAAAUCCAUCGGUUAUACCGAAACCAAUGGAGUGCUGAACUCAUUCACCACCAAACUGCCAAUGACUGCGGAAAACUCGGAAGCACCAAAUCAAAUACCCCGCCCGGACUUCGCUCAAAUGAUCCCGUACAAACCGAAACCGAACGCGUACCCCGGAGAGCACCCAUUGGACGGAGGAUGUUUCCCGCAGCCGCCCGCUCUGGCUUAUCUUUGCUCCAUCCUUCCACCGCCAAUUUGCUUCCAGGGACCGUUCGUUUCCAUAGAGAAACUAGCCGACCUGUUCAGCCGAAUUGCACUGCCGGAUGUACCGAUUACUCCUUGUGGGGAAAAUGGCAAUACUAAACUGUUCGAUUUGGCGAAGGCGGUUCACUGGAUUGUGGAUGACAGUACGUAUUCGGGCGAAGGUGGACUAAAACGACGACGGAUGGCACCGGGUGGUGAUGAUAGCGAUGAGGAAACGACCAUGUCUGCCCCACCGGCAAAUGAUGUGUAUCGCUUGCGGCAGCAGAAAAGAUUUAAUCGAUGAACGUGGCUCUCCUCCUACUGGGUGCGCUUGCGGGUCAGAUUUUAUCGGUUCAUUUAUAUGAAGUAUAUUCGUAUAGCUAAGAUCAUUUUCUAUAUAUUAGUAGCAGUAGCUUACCGAGUAUUGAUUCAAUAAACAAGAAAAAAGAA